CAACCACCCUCUCCGCGGCCAGCAUGGCAUUUGCCUCUUCUGCCGACGACGACGCCAUCGCGAACUCGACUGUUCUUGAGACUCUAUACCGCAAGGGCAUUGCUCGCGCUUCUGUCCGACGGCAGACGCGCAUACACGACCUCGGCAUCGUCGUCACUUCGUGAAGCUCCUCACUUCCUUCCAUUCAAACCAUGGCCAACGCGACUGCAGAGAGCUCAGGCGCGCAGAUAAAUCCUCUCCUUCGACAGAGAAUGCUCAGCCGCGCCUCGACCUUCGCCGAAGGAGUGCAGCCUGCUCCAGCAAUACCGCGUCGACGGAGCUCUGUCUUGUCGGACCUCUCUGAAAGCCGCCACUCCCUGCGCUCGCGCUCUUCGACAGACAAUCUGGCCCGGUCUGGCCCAUACGAUGGCAUGGAGAAUCUCAUUCAAUCAGAGGAGCCAUCCCACUGGCAUUCGGCGCCCCUCGCUUUUGCGAUACUGCCGGCUGUUGGCGGUCUUCUAUUCAAAAAUGGCAGCUCUAUCGUGACAGACGUGCUGCUUCUGGGACUGGGAUCGCUUCUUCUGAACUUUUGUGUCAGGACACCAUGGGAUUGGUAUCACGCUGCUCAAGCCGUCCACGUCCUCGAUCCGGAACCCGACCCUUACUCUAGCACCAUAAUUGCGGAGGAAAGUGGCGAAGAUGGAGACGGAGAGGUCGCUUCACCGGAACAGACACCCGCAGACCGGUCUCCGAAUUUAGAGCAAAGUAGCAACAACACGAAAUCAGUCGAACAAGAGGCCGCGGCGGGUGAAUUGCGUCGGGAAGAGAUUGUCGCGUUGAUAGCAUGCUUCCUCGGCCCAUUAGUCGGCGCAUACUUGUUACAUGGGAUUAGGAGUCAGCUCACGCGACAAUCCGAAGGCCUUGUGUCAAACUACAACCUCACCAUUUUCGUCAUGGCGGCAGAACUGCGACCUAUCUCGCAUCUGGUCAAGAUGAAGAAAGCUAGAAUGCUCCAUCUGCAGCGAAUUGUCCGACCCGAAUUAACCCCAAGCCAAGACAUUGCAAAAGCCGAUGCCCAGGAACUAUCCAGGCGGCUGGCUGAAAUAGAGGAGCGACUAGCAGAGGGCGGGCCUAAAUUCAAAGAGGGAAACGUCCUAGAGAUCUGUGGUGUAGUCAGGCAGAAUAUCCAACCGCAGCUCGACUCGCUGAAUCGAGCAAUGCGGCGGUACGAAAAACGGCUGACGGCAAUGUCAAUUCAAUCGGAAGGUCGCUUUGGGGAACUCGAGAUUCGGAUAAAGGACGCCUUAUCCCUGGCGGCAUCUGCAGCUCGGACUGGCCAGAAGCCCGGGGUGAUUGCUAUGGCUUUGACAUGGGUCAGCAACUUCUUCAAGUUCUGGUUUCAAACGCUAUGGGCUGUCUUUGUCUGCCCACUGCAGCUGGCAGUUUCUUGUUCUACUGCCAUCAAGUCGUGGUUUGUGCGUCCACAACGAGCAAGUAGGAGAAAAGCGCAGACGAAGGGUGAAGAGCAUGCGUCUAUCGCAACCUCCCGCAUGCACUCCAGAAGUGCUCGAUGACAGGCUGCUGGCAGGUACCUUUCUGUAUCAUUCCUCACUACCACGUAUUUAUUAUUGAGCGUUAUGCCGAAGACUCAAAUACCUCCUGUUACUUUCCCUACGCUGAUUCUAGCCUUUUUCUUAUCGUCCAUGCAGGUACCACUAAUCAUCGAUACUCUCACCGCCUUGGAUUAGUAUACACAACACUUCAACCCCAUAUUUCUCUCCCAACAAGAAACAAAACGGUGUGAUACUAUCGGCCAUUGACGUCGGUAACUGAACCAAUUCGGCUUGCCGUAAUGCUAAAUGCAAUAGUCUAGCAAGUGCGACAUUACCCCACUACCCCACCAUUGACCUGCAUCG